CAUUAUUUGUUGUCAGAAUUAGAUCUAGGUUUCGAAUAUUUUAAAUGCCUUCCGCAUAAGAGAGAUAGAUUUAAUUCAUUGAAAUUUGAUUAAAAAUAUUUUUUUUACCAGUAGGCACACAUUGGACUUGAAUUAUUAUAAAACCAGCGCGUAGUAGCAGUACAAGAACUACUCUGCAAAAAGUCGGCACGUAACCAUAAUCCACAGGUCGAUUAACAUAGUCAUCGUGUAUGUCUUCUAAAUCUAGUGAACUGUCUAUUAAAUAAACUCUUUCUGCCAUUUGUAUAUUGAAUAUGUACGUGAUUGAUUGAAAAAAAUGUAAAUAAAUAAAUGUAUCGAAACAAUUAAAUUUGGCGCUAGCUUUGAUAAUGUUGCGUUUGCGGUGUAUUCCGAUUCCGCUCCGUGUCGUGUCGAAGCGCGCAGACUCGUCCUCGUCCUAACAUGUAAACCCGACAACCCGACAAGCCGACGAGCGGACGCGUGCGACGGCCGUCUCAUCGCGCGAAAGCGACAGUGUCAAAACAGGCCUGCGUUACUGAAACAGUGAAUGACAUAAGAUGGCGACUAGUAUAUGUGUUUCUAGGUGCCAGAUAUUGUUUAAAAAUGAAAUAAAUAGGAUAGGACUGCGGGCACUGUUUUAUACACUUCAGGGCUUUAAAGAAUCUCGACAUAAUUCCAUCCACACGUGCGCCUCUUCACACCCAACGCUAGUGCCUAAUGAUCGCAACAAUUUGACGCCUGUCAUCAGCGCAGCUAAAAAAUCAUCGGAAAAUGAGGCUGUCGAGGUGACGUACGCUGCCGGGCUGCCACAAAUAACCGUUCCGCUGCCAAGCAGGCGAGAGCGGUGCCGAUUCACGUUGCGACCGGUCACAAACACCGUCGGCGACUUCAUAUCUAUGCUGCGCUCCGAGGACCAGGGCGUCGAUCGAGUAGUUUGCGUAACCUGCUCCGGAAUACGAAUUGCCUCCUCCGACAGCAUCGAAGCUUUACUCGAACGGCCCUUCCUUUUGGUCAUCAACGACAGGAAGUUUGAGGUAGAUCCUCCGCCCCGUGAGCGAUUAACUACAGAAGAAUCGAGUAAUUUAGCAGAAGUGCGUGAUGUUGUUCAACGUUUGUACGAGGCGCUUGAAGUUCGGGAGCAGCGAACACGCCUUGAACGGGAUAUUAUUGGCCGCAUGGAGCUUGUCCGUACAGAACUAGAACCUUUGGAGCAGCAAAAAGUAACUCUGGAUAUGCAGUCCGACAGUUCAACUCGGUAUUUAGUCUGGCUCGGACUUGGCCUGAUGGGCGUGCAGUUUGGAGUGCUGGCUAGACUCACAUGGUGGGAAUAUUCUUGGGAUAUUAUGGAGCCGGUCACUUACUUCGUAACUUACGGCACAACGAUGAUGUGCUAUGCCUAUUACGUGCUUACAAAACAGGAACCGAACAUGCCGGAUGUACGCGAUCGCCAGUACCUGAUAACUUUCCACAAGAAAGCCAAGAGACACAAAUUUGAUGUCGAUAAAUACAAUAAAAUGAAGGAGGAAAUGUAUUCCUUAGAGAAAGAAUUGUUUAAAUUACGUGACCCUCUUAUGUUUCAUGCGCCACGUAAACCAGAUCCUCUGCAUUUGCAGGACAAUAUGCGCGGGCAGGUUCCCGACAAUGAAUCAGUCGCAAAGGGCGAUACUAAAGGAAAUAAGUGCUAAAUUAUAAAUACGACUAUUUAAAAUUCAUCGAGAUCAAGACAAAGUACUUAAAAUAAAACAUAAUUGUUUUACCUUUUUCUUGUGCGUUGUGAUUUGUGAAAGAUUGUAAACAAUAUGUUUUUAGAG